GAGCUAUCCCCGCUUCUGUUCUUACUAUUUCAACAACAUUAAUUCAAUGUAUAUGUUUUUUAAUGUGUAUGGACGUAGAUGGUAACAGAGCAAAUCUCUGACGCCAUUUGUGGUUGUGAAGGUUUUAGACUUUUUUUUUUCAAUACAUGAAAGAACAAACAAAAUAAAAAAGAGGCAAAAACUGAGAAAGCUUCAAUGUCUGGAACAGCAACUCACAUGAGCACGAUCAAUCAUUUGGCAAGAACCUGUAAAAUCACAAAUCUCCAAUCACCCAUUUGCUUCGAUCGGAGAUUCGCUUUCUCUUUUCCACAUAAACCCUAUUCCGUUUCUCAAUUGCUUCCCAAAACCCUACAUGGCCCCUCCUCUUCUUCUUCCUCCGUCAAUCGUAGAUCGAGAUUCAAAAUUCCCAAGCGUUUAUCUGUCUCCAUGGAGUGGCAAGACUGCUCAGUGAAGAUGGAAGUAGAUGUUCCAGUAUCCGUAGCGUAUAAUUUCUACUUGGAUCGUGAAUCUUUCCCCAAGUGGAUGCCUUUCAUUUCAUCCGUAGAGGUGUUGAAGGAUAAGCCUGAUCUGUCACGUUGGUCACUCAAGUACAAUGCUUUUGGUCAAGACAUUAAGUAUUCUUGGCUUGCUCGGAAUCUACAGGCAAGAAAAUAUAUACCUACUCCUAAUCAGAAAAUUCAUUGGAGAUCUCUUGAAGGCCUUCCUAAUAAAGGAAGCGUACGGUUCUUCCCUAAAGGUCCUUCGUCGUGCAUUGUAGAACUAACCGUAUCAUAUGAAGUCCCUGCGCUUUUAACCCCAGUGGCAUCGGCGCUCAGGCCUUUUCUAGAAAGAUUGCUUAGAGGUGGACUUGAAAGAUUUGCAGCCUUGGCCAAAACUACUUAAAAAGGAAUCUGUAUGUUUCUCAGCAUCUUUCUGAUUCUGGGUGUUAAGAAUUUCUCUAAAUCCCAUGAUUUGGGCUUUUUAUACUGUGACUUUUGUAUGAAUAAAUAAUUCUUCUUGCUCUCAUAACAGAAUUUCGUGGUUUAGGUCACCAAGAAAAAGAGAAAAUU